AUCGUCUAGCAAUGCCCUAGCCGCCAAACCACCUUUCGUCACCUAACGGACGGAGUUCCGGUUGAACAGGCGAAGGGGCGAACGCCACCUCACGGAGCCCGCUGGCAUUGGACACCAUCUGAUCUCCUCCACCUCACCUUACUCACGUCAUCGAUCUUGCAGUCGUUCAGGCGGAGACUUCCUCCUACUCCUCCUACUCCUCCUCCUCCUCCUCCUCCUCCUCCUCUCCCGCCGCCAUUCCUCGCAUCCGUAACCUACAAUUUACUAGAACUGCCAGCUUGUGAAAGCAUUGUGGUUUCUCUAUCAAUCAAUAUGGCAUCUGAAUCAAAGGCCAGUGCUGCUCAGAAAGUUGAUCCUGUGAUUUCUUCGGCUAAGAAUUUUGACAAGGUAUCACAAUUUAAGCGCAUGUGCAGAAAGUAUCCCUUUAUCGGAUAUGGCCUUCCUCUCAUUUCACUAACGGUGUUGGGCUCCAUAGGCCUUUCACAUCUGCUACAAGGCAGCAAAGAUGUGGCAAAGGAAAGAGAUGAAAUUGAGUGGGAGAUCAUUGAAACAAAAAAGGCACUCACUCGACUAGGCCCCAAGGAUGGCUAUGUGCCUAAAAAGAUUUCUUUGGAGGAGGAACUCAAGGCUUUGCAACAAAAGAUUGAUAUUAACAGUUACGAGUACAAGAGAAUCCCCAAACCAAAUGAACAGGCAAAGUAAAGUAUAGUUAGCAUCUUUUCCGGCCGCACGGUUGUUAAGACAUCUUGAACUUUAAUAAGGAGACUUUCUGUUUCAUUCUCGAUUCCCAAUGUAAAUGCCAAUAUGAAAUGGUUAUAUUAUAUACCUUCUUGUUCUAGUUA